AUGGGGGAAAUGGAACAGAUGAAGCAGGAGGCUGAGCAGCUGAAGAAGCAGAUUGCGGAUGCCCGGAAAGCCUGUGCAGACACAACACUUGCUCAGAUUGUGUCUGGAGUGGAGGUUGUUGGCCGCAUUCAGAUGCGGACCCGAAGGACCCUGCGUGGGCACCUGGCCAAGAUCUACGCCAUGCACUGGUCCACGGACUCCAAACUUCUGGUCAGUGCCUCACAAGAUGGGAAACUGAUUGUGUGGGACACAUACACAACUAACAAGGUUCAUGCCAUCCCUUUGCGUUCUUCCUGGGUCAUGACCUGUGCCUAUGCCCCCUCAGGCAAUUUUGUGGCCUGUGGGGGCCUUGAUAACAUGUGCUCCAUCUACAACCUCAAGACUCGUGAAGGCAAUGUCAAAGUGAGCAGGGAGCUCUCAGCCCAUACAGGUUACCUCUCCUGCUGUAGAUUUCUUGAUGACAACAAUAUUGUGACUAGCUCUGGAGAUACCACAUGCGCGCUCUGGGACAUUGAGACGGGACAGCAGAAGACUGUGUUCCUGGGUCAUACCGGAGACUGUAUGAGCUUGGCUGUCUCCCCAGACUUCAAACUCUUCAUCUCUGGGGCUUGCGAUGCUACUGCCAAACUGUGGGACGUGCGGGAGGGCACCUGCCGUCAGACCUUCUCAGGGCACGAGUCCGAUAUCAAUGCCAUCUGCUUCUUCCCUAACGGUGAAGCCAUCUGCACCGGCUCCGAUGAUGCCACCUGCCGUCUGUUUGACCUCCGGGCGGACCAGGAGCUCAUCGUGUACUCUCAUGAGAGCAUCAUCUGCGGAAUCACAUCAGUCGCCUUCUCCCGCAGCGGGCGCCUCUUGCUUGCUGGAUAUGAUGACUUCAACUGCAACAUCUGGGACUCCCUGAAAGCAGAGCGUGUGGGAAUCCUUUCUGGCCAUGACAACAGAGUGAGCUGUCUGGGGGUGACAGCAGAUGGCAUGGCUGUGGCCACUGGCUCCUGGGACAGCUUCCUCAAGAUUUGGAACUGAGGACAGCAGUAGAGAGCAGCAGCAGAACGGCCCACAGCCCAAGCCCACACAACCAGCAUUGCCAGCUGAACACAACAGAAACGCCUACCUACCACUCCCACUUGUCUCUAGACACAGGUCACUUGUAGGGGUCUCCCAGAGUGAAAGGGAAAGGAGAGGGAGCACACACACUGGCCCUUCUCUCCACCUCUAAACAGGCCCAGCAGUUUCCAGCCUCGUGCAGGCUUAAAGACCUGCAAAACACUGUUAAUUACAUCUCAGGACUCAACAG